AAGAUGAAAGCGAACCCGCAACUGAGCGAAACAAGACCCCAGUGUCAGAUCUAACUGCAGACUCGUGCGCAAUCCAACCCACCAGCCUACAGCUUCAGAGGGGCAUCCACCUAAAAGUAAAAAAGAAAUCCCCAGAAAAUAUCCCCAGAACUCCCAGGAGCCACAGUCCAGUUGCAGUUCCAAGGUCCAGCCACAAGCAGCUACAGCUACAGCUACAGAUACAGAGUCACAUUCAGAGUCACAUAGAAAGAAAUGCCGUCGCCAGGACACCACACAUCAUUCUGCUGCUCCACGGCAGGAUUUAUCGCUUGCUCAGCAAUCGUUCUGCUUUGCAGUUCCGAGGUCCUGUCCAGCUGGGAGGAGUGGUGGACGUACGAUGGCAUAUCCGGACCAAGCUUCUGGGGCCUCAUCAAUCCGCAGUGGAAUAUGUGCAACAAGGGGCGCCGCCAGUCGCCCAUCGAUGUGGUGCCCGACAAACUGCUCUUCGAUCCAUAUCUGCGACCGCUGCACAUCGACAAGCACAAGGUUUCCGGCACACUGCACAACACGGGCCAGUCGCUGGUCUUCCGCGUGGACAAGGACACCAAGCAGCACGUGAACAUAUCCGGCGGCCCGCUGGCCUAUCGCUACCAGUUCGAGGAGAUCUACAUACACUACGGCACCGAGAAUGUCCGCGGCUCCGAGCACUUCAUCCAGGGCUACAGCUUUCCCGGCGAGAUCCAGAUCUAUGGGUUCAACAAGGAGCUGUACCACAACAUGUCCGAGGCGCAGCACAAGUCGCAGGGCAUCGUCGGCCUCUCGCUGAUGGUGCAAAUUGGCGAGACGCCCAAUCCCGAGCUGCGCAUCAUCACGAGCACCUUCAACAAGGUGUUGUACAGAGGAUUCUCCACGCCCAUCCGGCACAUAUCCGUGAGGUCGCUGCUGCCGAACACGGACCACUACAUCACCUACGAGGGCUCGACGACGCAUCCGGGCUGCUGGGAGAGCACCGUGUGGAUCAUAGUUAAUAAGCCCAUCUAUAUCACCAAACAGGAGCUGUACCAACUCCGACGACUGAUGCAAGGCUCCGAGAGUACCCCGAAAGCUCCACUAGGAAAUAAUGCGCGACCAGUGCAAAGUUUACACCAUAGAACCGUAAGGACGAACAUAGAUUUUAAGCGAAACAAGAAUCAAUAUGCGUGCCCCUCGAUGUACAAGGACAUGUACUACAGGGCGAAUCGAUGGUCGCCCGACACGGGACUUUUGAUACGUUGACAACUCGGAUGGGAGUGGGAAUUAUUGCUAUUAUUAUUGCAAUUAUUAUUAUUAUUAUGUGUGGUAAAUAAUGUUACAGCAAUUACAACUAUAAUGACAACAACAACAGCAACAGCAACAACAACUGGUUACAAAAACACCAACAACUGAGGCUGGCAACGAAGCAUUUUGCAUUUUGCAUUUUUUAUGUCGCAUUCAAUUUUUAUAUUCACGUUUACAACACGAACUCAGGAUUCGUUUGGCCUGCAAUUGCAAUAUUCCUACAACAGCAGCAGCAGCAAAUUGUAUUAUUUAUUUCAUUAUUAUUAAUAAUACGACAACUGGACAAAUUUAGGCAACAAAAGCAGGCACAAAAAUGCUUGUAGAGCGAGCAUAACAAUAGAGUAAAUGCCAUGCCAAACGCAAAUGCUAAAUUUAACAACAAUUUAAACAAAAAGCUAGCACACACACACACAGACACCAGCGCAAAAUAGCAAAAAUAGCAAAAAAUAGCAAAAAUAGUAGCUGCAAAUUUGAGUAAGAAUUUUAUUGCAUAUUCUGGUGGCGCAGCAGGAGCAGUUAAUCCAAUGGAAUUUAAUACAAAUCGCUUUUUGUCUUCAAUUUAUAUGUAUUUAUGCAAAGCGCAAAAAGCACGAGUCCAUCAUCGUUUUUGUUUUUUAAUGCCAGCCCUAAAAGUUUUUAAAUCGCUGUGUGUGUGUAUGUGUGUGUGUGUUAAUUUAAUAAACAAGGACUCUGGAUGUUCAAUCACCUAAUUUUGAAUAGAUGUUCUAGUCGCACGGAAAAGCUGGUCGAUUUAAAAGCUUUGAUUUAAUCUGCGCUCAUUUAAAUAUUUCCGAUUCAAUGCAUUCUACAUACACAUACAUAAAUAUAUUUUCAUAAUCAUUUGUGAUUUGCCUGCUUUGUUAAAUGCCGAUACCAAAAACAAUUUAGCAAAAAAAACAAACAAUGUAAAGAGCAACAGAAAGACAACAAAAAAAUGCGACAACAAAGUGAAAUAGGAGAAUUUCCGUAAACUGGAUGGGUGGACAAUAACUAAGAAACAAAACUAACGAAAUAUUAAUGAAGAGUUCGAGACGAAACAUAAACAAAUGGCAACAGAAAUUAACAGAAAGUAAAUAUUCAUAUAAGUAUACACAGAACUAAAGGUAUCUAUAUAAAGUCAUAUAUAUACACACAUAUAUAUAUAUACCACUAUGCCAGGGGAUCCACAGAAUUCGUUUGGGAUUGCCAAUUUCAGGAUAUUUCUUUCAAAUGCUUUCAAAAUCCUUUCAAAGCUAUGGCAAAUCCCGCUGCGAAUCCUGGGAGGCCCCUGUUUAUAUAUACACCACUAUACGAGAGAAAGUGCAGUAACUACAGUGAAACCAAUACGAACUACUAAGCAAUGCAGCCAGGAAGUUGAACAAAAAUCUAUGCAUAACUCCCACACCCUUACGUACUCACCCACACACACACAACCAAUAGCAACCAAUACCAAUCUAUAAGCGUCUAUAUACUUGGCUUAAAAACCUAUGAUCCCAUCCUCAGUUGGCGGCCAUCUAUAUAUAUCUAUGAAUCUAUGAAUCUAUGAAUCUAGUCACCAGUCAAGGAGUAUACAAUAAACAAUAGCAUUAGAACUAACUAAAGUAAAUGAAUUGAUUAACUAGCCGUGUUGCUAACCGAAAAGCCCAAGAAGAAAUCAAAUUCGAAUUAAUCUAUAUAUAUAUAUAUAUAUAAUAUAAUAUAAUAUACAAUAAAGUAAAUGAGUUUUUUUUUGAAGAAAACAGACAAACAGUGUUGUAAAGUGCUGUAAAGACAAGUAUUAUGGCUAAUGUAGGACCUAAGUUACUGAAUAGCAUUUAGCAGUUAGCCGUUAGCAGUUAGCACCAACUGAGUUUGUAUAAUAUACACGAAUAUAUAGUAUACCUAAACAUAUAUAUACACACACACACAUAUAUAUAUAUUUAUCAGAUCCGUUCAAUUCCCACAUUCGCAGCUGUCGAGCGACACUUUGUGCAAUUAUUUCUUUGGGCCAACAAGCGAGCAACUAACUUUGUUAACUAAGGAACAUACUAAAUGGCCCCCCGAUUAUGUGUAGAGCAUUGACUAUUUGUAUAAAAGCUAUUGGGAUCUCUGAUCUCUGAAUUCUGAAUUCCUCCUCUGAAUUCGGCAACACUUUGCUACGACUGUAAGUUACUAUUGUGUUGCCAUAUGAAAAGUAUAAGCAAGAAAAGCAAGAAAAGCGGGAAAAGCAAGAAACAAGCAAAAACUAUAUAUAUAAAUAUAUACAAAUUCUAUAUAUAUAUAUGUAACUAUAAAUGCAAGAAUUACUAAGCAUAGAACGGGUGAA